AUGCCGAUUGUUUCAGCAUUACUGUUAUCAGCACUAGUGUUGACGACCUCAACAUUAGGGGUUGACGGAAGGCUUACCUUAGACACAAUGUCAUCGUCGCUCAAGCGUAUGGAAUAUGCCGUUCGUGGUCAAGUCGUCAUUGCGGCUGAUAAGAUCCAAGCCGAUCUGACGGCACAUGCGCCCGGCAGUGAAGAUUUUGACUUUGAAAAGAUCCUCUACACCAACAUUGGAAAUCCUCAAUCGGUCGGUCAAAAAGAGUUGACCUGGCCACGUCAAGUCUUGUCGUUGGUGGAUCUUCCCAAUGAAGUUGGAGUGGAUCACCCAGAUGUCUUGAAAAUGUACCCCAAAGAUGCUGUCAAGCGUGCCAAGGAAAUCAAGCUUGGUUUGGGCAGUGGGUCGGGGGCGUAUUCACAUAGCAAGGGAGCCAAGAUUUUCCGGGACGAUGUGGCUGCCUUUAUCAAAAAGCGAGACGACGGCGUCGCUUCAGAUCCAGAAGAUAUUUAUUUGACGAAUGGAGCGAGCGCUGGCAUUGAAAAUGUCUUGAAGGCUCUCAUUGCAGAUCCAUCCUGUGGAAUGAUGAUUCCUAUUCCGCAAUAUCCAAUCUACAGUGCCUUGUUGGACCUGCACAAUGGCCAGAAGGUUCCAUAUUAUUUGGACGAGGACCGAUGCUGGGAGAUUAAUAUUCGGGAACUAGAACGAUCCUUGACUGCUGCACAAGAAGCAGGCGUCAAUGUGGUUGGGUUGGUCCUUAUCAAUCCUGGAAACCCAACUGGACAAGUGUUGUCAAAGGAGGGAGUACAAGAUGUUGUCAGAUUCUGUGCCGCCAAUGAUUUGGUGCUCAUGUCAGAUGAAGUAUACCAAGAAAAUGUUUACGACGAUACACCAUUUUACAGUGCCAAGCGCGCUGCCUAUGACUGCGGUCUAUUAGAAGACGACAGACUUCAAUUGGUCUCGUUUCAUUCAGCGUCCAAAGGAGUCUUUGGAGAAUGCGGUCGUCGUGGAGGAUACAUGGAACUCGUCGGUUUCGACCAAACCGUAAAAGAUCACCUAUACAAGCUUGCUUCAUCCGGCCUUUGUUCAUCAAUAUCUGGUCAGAUCAUGAUCAGUUUGAUGGCGCGAGGCCCCGAAAAGGGAGACGAGUCGUAUGAAAGCCACGAACUCGAAAAGUCUUUGAUUUUCGAAUCUCUCAAACGACGUUCCAAGAUUGUUGAGGCUGGGCUCAAUGCCGUCGAGGGAAUGUCUUGUCAACCAGCACAAGGGGCCAUGUACUGUUUUCCUUCGGUUCAAGUCCCCGAUCGUGCCAUUGAAGCUGCCGCGAAACUAGGAUUGCCCCCAGAUACAUUCUAUGCGCUUUCUCUCUUGGAACGAACGGGAGUUUGCGUCGUUCCAGCGUCUGGUUUUGGACAACGAAAGGGACGGUUCGGUUUCCGUACAACGUUCUUGCCACAGGAGGAAGACUUGUCGAAUGCUGUCAGUGCCAUUCGUCGGCAUCAUGAGGAGUUCUCCUUGAAGUACAAAUAG